GGGAAUGGCUCGGUGAGGCAGGAGAAAAUUGGCCAAUCGGCGUGCUGCAAUUUGUUAACUUCCACAACCGUAUACCGCCUGGCAGCAGUCUGGGGCCAACCCGAGGGCCAAUCCCGCUACGACGGCCAUUUCUUAUCCACCGCUAUCUUCUGACCACCUCACCUCAGCGAGUCACUCGUCUACGUGUUCCGCGCCUUCCAGUCAGCGCCGCUUCGUUCCCCUCUCUUACCGGUUCUGCUCGCAGAAGGUUCCACCGCCUCACCGACGAAAUUCAAUUCUCCAACCCAAUUCCACAAUGGCCGACCAGGAAUUCACCUACUCUGACGUCUCAGAGCACAACACCAAGAAGGACCUGUACAUUGUUGUUCACGACAAGGUCUACAAUGCAUCGAGCUUCGUAGACGAGCAUCCAGGUGGUGAGGAAGUCCUCCUCGACGUCGGCGGCCAAGACUCGACAGAAGCCUUUGAGGAUGUCGGCCACUCAGACGAAGCCCGCGAGAUUCUCGACGGUAUGCUCGUCGGAACGUUGAAGCGACAGGAAGGCGACCCGAAGCCCAAGAGCUACUCGCAAUCCGGCUCGACAGCCACUGCGACCGACGGAGCCUCCACAGGGGUCGGCCUCUACGCUGUCAUUCUUCUCGGCGGCGCCCUCGCAUUCGCCGCCUAUACCUACUUGAACAAGCAGACCACAGAGUAAACGAAGCAUGUCGAAAUCCUCUUCUGGCGUUUUGGAGCGAGAGAUACAGGACAGCUGUGCAUGCCACGGAGCCCAGGCAAGCAUGUUAGAAGCAUGGAAGAUCAGUCGGUAUCUGGAGAAGGAGACGUAUAUGUGCAUUGCCAGCAGAUAGCGGACCAUUUAUGUCAGGCGUAGGGUUCUCCUUUGACGCCAGGGCUUUGUAAUAGACCCGCUUCCACAUUCACAGCGCACCAUCGAUAGUCAUAUCAUACGAGAUGAGAUGCAAUAUAAUAUGAUUAUUCUUUUAAUUCACACAGGAGCAAGUAAUGAAUUUGUCACCCCGACUGUCAAUUGUUAAACAAUAUUCUAGAUGAGUUACAUGGCCCUUUUUAUUUUAGAAACAUCAAGACCUACUAACCUUGCGAACGGAGAGAAAAACAAAUCUAAUAUAUAUUCCACAUACUCUCUCGUCUCAUACAAAGUAAGUCUUUCCUCGCCGUAUUAC